AUGGACGCUGACAUGGAUGGAAAGUCCUCAUUCUUGACCGGCGUUGGCAAGCUUCUAGCUGAAGGCCCAUUCGAGCUCCUCACCCACAUCCAAUUGUUUUUGAAUCCAGUCGACAUACUUGCCUUGCGGUUCACAUGUAAACAUCUUUCUGGUGCCACUCGGUCGCGGAUUGUGUGGGUGAACGCCCUCCGGAAUGUCAGCAUUGCACAGGGCGUGUUUUUGCCCAGUUUUCCGGUGGAACAAAUGUCGAAUGACGACCUGGAACAUGCAGCUCUCUCCCCUCGUCGAUUACUGGCUCGAUUUCAGAAGGCCGCCAGAGUCACACCCUUCCUCACUCGACUGUUCACACCCCAUCUUCAGGGAGGUGACCUGGGGCCGAAUUUGAUACUUGCAGUUGACCUCGUGCCCGGUGGUAGAUUCCUCGUCACCUCAAACCGUAAGGGUGAGCUCCACCUUUGGGAUAUAGGCUACAACACUGGAGGACACAUGAAAUCGUUACCUGUUGCCACUUUGGCGGCCUCUGAAGCAAGGCCCCCCCGCGUCGACCAUAUCCGACCUGGAUCAAACUCAGACUCUCUAUAUGUUUUCACAAAUGAUUGGCAUAGCAGGAUAUUUUGCUAUGAGAUAUACCCGACUUCUGAGAACCCAUGUUUCAGCCGACUAGGCACCUUGUGGUGUGAUGCCUACGACAGUCAGAUAACCAGUUCCAAAGAUUAUUUGGUUUGUUACCAAAAUGCGCGCAGAACUCUUAUAGUCUGGAAGUACGCGGCAAAAGGGCUUGGUGUCAGUUGGGUUGUUUCCCAUCAUGGACCAGAUGACCUAUGUGAGGUGUUUAUUUUCGAUAAAAAUGUGAUCACAUUCCAUACCACCGAUUUUUGCUUGUGGACAAUACCUGACCUAACACCGUUGAUCAAUGGCCAUGCGCCGUCUUUUGAACUGGAACCGAAGCUUCGUCUGGCAUACCUCUCUGUAGAUGAACAAGGGCCAAAGGUAGCUCUGCCCUCACGCUGGCUCCCGGAACUUGCGCAGAACCAGUUUGGUGUCUAUUAUGAUGAAAUUUUAACGCUAGCACUCUACCAAAUCAAAUCUGUCGAUACUUCGCAGGAGUCUGAUCUGCCAAAUAUCCUUCCCAUACAUUCCGGCUCUGUCCCGUAUCGUCAAAGUCUUGUCUAUCGUGACACAGAUGAUGCAUGGCCACUCCACAUAACAGAAGAUGGAUUUCUUCAAACAUGGAUAACAAGGGAAGGUGAUAUUGCCGUUGGCAUCAUUUUGAUACCUCGCCCAAACAUUCCCACUCAGUCCAUCGUCACAUCUUCCAUUUGGGAAGAAUCAAAUAGGUCUCACGUUCACUAUGAUUUUUGCCCAAUGGCGGGACGACUCAUUGUACGUUCCUUUGGCCUGAAUGGUCCUGAGAUCCAGAUUGUAGACUUUAUGCCCCCCAGGUCUUCCUUGUGA